GGCGUGUUCUCUAUGACUAAAAUCAUACAUGACGAAGUUGUCGAAAUUUCAAAAGCCGCCUCUGAGUACUUUCCUCUUUUUACUGUAAAGAGACGUUCGACCAAGUGCUGUUUGCUAUUUGAGUGGUGCUUCGCCCUUUGAAUAUUUGUAUAUUAAUAAUUCCAGCUAUUUUACACAACGUUCAAAUGACGUGUCAUUCAAUAUUAUGAGACAUCAUCAGCAUGAAUUUAUUAUUUUUUCACCAAAAAAGAUAAAGGUGCAGUUAAUCAAUUCUCUUCUUUUUUUUCUUUUUUUUUAAUCUUUAUUUUUUUCCUUAAAAAGAAUUCGAAAACAAACAAAACAUGUCUGCUGCUACUCCCACUGAAGAAAAGCAAAUUAUUACCCCUUCCACUGAGGAAGACUCACACAAGGUUUUUGUUGGCAAUUUGAGCUAUAGUACAACUAAGGAUUCUUUGAAGGCCUUCUUUGAAAGUACUGGUAAAGUUGUGGAUGCUAUUGUGGUGAAAAAAUAUAAUCGACCCAAAGGCUUUGGUUUCGUCGCUUUUGCUACUUUAGCUGAAGCUGAAAAGGCUAUCAAGGAUCUCGACAAAAAGGAACUGGACGGACGCGAGAUUAGCAUCCAAAUAGCCAAGCCUAGAAAGCCAAAAUCCGAAACAACCGAAAAGAAAAAGAAGACUAGCAAAAAGUCUCGUAAGCCUUCUCAAUCUAAAGAAGACAGUAUAGAAGACAUAAAAGAGGACAAGGAAGAAGCUAAGAAAGAAGUUAAGAAAGCAGACAAGAGGGAAGAUAAAAAGACUCAAGAACCUGCUAUCGAUCCUGUUUCUUCUGUCGAUGCUGUCAAAGAAGAUGAAUCCAAAGAACCUAAGCCAAAGACCACUGUCUUUGUUGCAAAUCUUCCCCGUAACUUUAAGGUAAAGCAAUUGACCGAAUUAUUCAAGGACUAUGAGGUUGAGUCUGCUUUAGUUGCUAUCAAAAGAAAUGGUAUUUCCAAACGUUAUGGUUUUGUCGAACUAAAGACAGUCGAGGAAAUGAAGCGAGUCUUGACAGAAUUUAUUGAUGUUGAAGUAGAAGGUAGCCUUAUCCAUGUGUCCGCUGCUACUUCUGAAAAGAAUGCUCCAAGAAAGAGAAAGAGCCCCAAGAAGCCCACUUCUUCAGCCUCUGCCUCAGAAACAGAACCCGAAGCAAAAAAGACAUCUAAACCUAGCAAGAGAUCCAACAGAAACAAAAAGUCCGCCAACAAAAAGAAGGUCAGCGAAGGACUCGAAGCUGCUCAUGAAGCUCAAGAUGCUGUCAAGGAAUUAAAGAAGGAAGAUGGCAUUGAAGCUGCAAAAGAAGCUCAAGGCGCUGUUAAAGAAUUGAAGAAGGAAGAUGGUACCGAAGCUGCCAAGGAAGCUCAAAACGCUGUAAAGGAAUUGAAGAAGGAAGAUGGUAUCGAAGCUGCCAAGGAAGCUCAAGGUGCCGUGAAAGAAUUAAAGAAGGAAGAUGGCGUUGAGGCCGCUAAGGAAGCAAAGGAAGCUGUUAAAGAUUUAAAGAAAGAAGACGGUGCCAAGUCUGCUGCUGCUGCCAACAAGGGAACCAGCAAAGAAUAGGCACACUUAUUUUUGUAAGAAAUUAACUAGAAAGCAUAAUAAACACACACACAUGUAUUACUAUUAUCCUUUUUUUUUCGCAU